AAAUUACUAAUAAAUCAGGUAGCUUAAGCUUAUAUAUUGAUCAUCACUUCCUCCAUUCUCCAAUGUGGGACUAAAUGACCAGCUAGCUUGCACCUACUACCUUACGGGUCAUCACAUUUUACCCAAAUCUAUUAUAUCAAUUUUCAGUCGCCAGAAGAUCUUUUUGAUACUUGACUUGCUGUCAAUAGAAGAUAGAAACAAACAAAAAUAGCAAAAUACUCUGUCGUGGAAGUUUGUAGAACUAUGCGAUGCUUUCUCGGAAAUGGUGGCUUCAAAUUCGAGUCAUCGGCCGCGGCAGCGGCGGCGGCGGAGGCGGCUAUUUCUUCCUCAAAUCAUUCGGAAACUUCUCCGCCGCGGCCAAAGUGGCGAUGCUGACAUGGUGGAUUACCUCAUCAACUCCCUGGACUUCUCCAAAGAUGCUGCCGUAGCCACUCUAAAUAAGGUACCUCUCUCCGGUCCUUCUCAGAAAAAUGCCGAUUCAGUUGUCAAUUAUUUAGAUAAUUUAGGUAUAAGUAAAACCCACAUCAGGAGUAUGGUUUCUCGAUAUCCUAGGUUGUUAUGUUCGAAUGUGGAUAAAACCCUAGCACCCAAAGAUAAGUUCUUACGAGAACUUGGCCUGUCUGGGUUAGAUUUGCGCGAAUUUAUCAUAGCUGGCGCGAGAUCGGCAUUGGAUACGGCAAUCAAACCCCGAGUUUUGUAUCUAAAACAAUUGGUGGGUACUGAUGAUAAUGUAGUUAAGGUUUUAAACAAAUAUCCUAGGGUGAUUACUGGUUUGGACACUGAACUGGUGGAGAGUAAUUUGGAGCUGCUGAGGAACUAUGGCAUUACCCAUAAUAAUAUUGUGAGAUGGAUAACUAGGCGGCCAAGGAGUUUUUUCGUCAUGAAGCCUGAGGGCAUGAAGGAUAUUUUAGACAGAGUAGAGAAUGUUUUGGGUAUUCCUCGUGAAUCAGCUACGUUCACCCUUGGGGUUGAGCUCCUCUCUAAACUUGAUAGUUCAAAAGUUGAUGAGAAAUUGGAGUGUUCCGAAACUUUGGCUGGCCGGAAUCGUUGA